GUCUUGCAGCCAAAAAAGAAAAAAAAAAAAAAAAAUCAGUCCUUGGUGAUUUUUUGUUCUUGUUUUCCUUUCUCUUUUUUCUCCCAACAAAACAUUGAAAAAUUAAAAAGAAGGAAUGGUUAGCAGAGAGACAGAUAGGACCAUUAUAGGAAUAAUUGGAAAUGUUAUCUCCAUCUUGUUAUUUCUCUCCCCAUCGCCAACAUUUAUCAAUAUAUUUAAACAAAAAUCGGUGGAAGAGUUCAAGGCUGAUCCUUACGUAGCGACGCUUCAGAGUUGCAUGGUAUGGAUCUUUUAUGGCCUCCCAUUUGUUCAUCCUGACAGCCUUCUAGUAAUCACAAUCAACAGUAUCGGACUCGGUAUUGAGCUCUUGUACCUCACAAUCUUUAUCAUUUACGCUCCAUGGACAAAGCGCUCCAAGUCCUCCAACCUCCCCAAGCUAUUUCCAGGAGUGUUCACCUUGAAGAGGAAGGAUUUCUGCACAACAUUUGGGAGUAGAAUCCAAUGUUCAGUUCAGGCGGACCAACCUCCUUCAGCCUGGCCAGGACGAGCUUUUCCAGACCCCGACCGCAAGACUUGGGAUGGUCCUAAACCUAUCUCAAUUCUUGGUUCUACAGGUUCCAUUGGAACUCAGACAUUGGACAUUAUAUCAGAGAAUCCAGAUAAGUUCAAAAUUGUGGCUCUGGCUGCUGGUUCAAAUGUAACUCUUCUUGCUGAUCAGGUGAAGAGAUUUAGACCCCAACUGGUUGCCGUUAGAAACGAGUCAUUAGUUGGUGAACUGAAAGAGGCUUUGGCCAAUGUUGAACAAAAGCCUGAAAUUAUUCCUGGAGAGCAAGGGAUAAUUGAGGUUGCCCGCCACCCAGAUGCUGUCACUGUAGUUACAGGAAUAGUAGGUUGUGCUGGAUUAAAGCCUACUGUGGCUGCAAUAGAAGCUGGAAAGGAUAUAGCUAUGGCCAAUAAAGAGACCUUGAUUGCUGGUGGUCCUUUUAUCCUUCCUCUAGCUCACAAGCAUAAAGUAAAGAUUCUUCCAGCUGAUUCGGAACAUUCUGCUAUAUUUCAGUGUAUUCAGGGCUUGCCAGAUGGUGCACUUCGGCGUAUCAUUUUGACUGCAUCCGGUGGGGCUUUCAGGGAUUGGCCUAUUGAUAAGUUGAAAGAGGUUAAAGUAGCUGAUGCUUUAAAACAUCCAAACUGGAAUAUGGGGAAAAAAAUUACUGUGGACUCUGCAACCCUUUUCAAUAAGGGCCUAGAAGUCAUUGAAGCACAUUAUCUUUUUGGAGCUGAGUACAGUAAUAUUGAGAUAGUAAUUCAUCCACAAUCAAUUAUUCAUUCAAUGGUUGAAACACAGGAUUCAUCUAUUCUUGCACAAAUGGGAUGGCCAGAUAUGCGGCUGCCAAUCCUCUACACGAUGUCAUGGCCAGACAGAAUAUAUUGCUCUGAAAUAACUUGGCCUCGCCUUGAUCUUUGCAAGCUUGGUUCAUUAACCUUCAAGUCUCCUGACAAUAUAAAAUAUCCAUCAAUGGGUCUUGCCUAUGCUGCUGGACGGGCUGGAGGCACCAUGACAGGAGUUCUCAGUGCAGCUAAUGAGAAAGCUGUAGAAAUGUUCAUCGAGGAAGAGAUCAGCUAUCUGGAUAUUUUCAAGUUUGUGGAACUAACAUGUGAGAAGCACCAAGCAGAAAUAGUGUCAACCCCAUCUUUGGAGGAAAUUGAACAUUAUGACUUGUGGGCAAGAAACUUUGCUGCUAAUCUGCAUCAUACUUCUGGUCGGAGUCCUGUUCUUGCAUGAGUGAUGGGUUCCCCUAGAUGCCAAGGCAAGCUAUAGAUUUAAGAACUGGGAGGUUUUCAGUUGGUGCGGAUGGAUGGGCGCCAAUGCUAUUCUUGCAAAGGUAAGGUUUGUACCUUACAGGGACAUAGAACAAUUGUUUGUGGGAAUAGGCAACUAAAAUCUUGUUCCCCAUUUUUAAGAUGUAAUUGUAUGAACUCUACGCCCUGGUUGAAUUAUGGGGGGGGGGGGGGAGGGGGGGAUUGAAGGAGGAAGGGAAAGAUAAGAAGAGAGAAGAAUGAGAAUUAGUUUUAUUGCAUUGCAUCAAUUGUUUUCCUAUGAAUAUGAUUUUACUUACGCUAAACUUUUGCCCAAGAAAGUAUGAAAUAGUUCCACAAGGCUGUGUGUCUAAAAUAAUAUUGGUUUAAGUCAUCAACAAAGGAUGAAUAAUACGGAUGUAAUGGCCAAACCCUACACUUGAUCAAUUACAUUUCUGCUUUUAUGCAAUUUGAAAGCCAGAAGAACAGCUGACAAUGUUAACCCAAAAUUAAUUCACAUAAGCCCAAAAUUUCAAGAAUGAAUGACAACACUAGCAAAAUGACCAUAACAAAGAAAAACAAGCCAAACCUAUGUCAAUUAAUUUCUACACACCAACUCUUACGAUGAUUCACCAACACUGCCUCCGGUCUGGUCUCUAAUUAUAUUACAUAUUGCAUUUUAUAUAAUCCUGGGACCCCGCAUGCUCAUCAUUCGUUGAGAGCUCCCUGAUGAGGCCUGCCAUUGCCACAACAAUUAAGAUGAUCAGAUAAGUGUGUGAUCGAUGUUAAUUGUAAAUAACACAAGAAGUGCCUUUUCUCAUCCCCCUAUCUACAGGUGAAGCAGAAGCAGAAUGACUUGAGAGAAUAAUGAAUUAUAUCCUCAAAGCUCUAAGAAUACAUGUGCGGUACAAAGCACAGGUACCCCUGAUAAUAUAUAUAUCAGAUCAGAUAGACAUUUUAUUCCACUAAAACCAAUCACCUCAU